UACAGUUGUUGAGAGGUGAAAUUACAUGCCAUAUGUUACAGUGCAGAUCAGUGGCAGAGGUGGGAAUUAGAAGCCAAGUCUCCUGACUACCAGCCUACUAGAUCAGUGUUGGUUUUGUUGGGACUGUUUGCACAACUUUAUAUUGGACCCUAUUAAAAAGAAAGAUCUAGUUGCAAGAAGGUUUGAGCAGCCUGAGCCUGUGAGCUACUUUUAUGUUUUUUUUCUCUUUGUAGUUUAUUUUGCUAGAUGGGAACAGUAACCCAUCUCUCUUCAAUUUUUCCUUGCAAACAGGCAUCAGAAUGGGACACAGAGGUUCAAGCUCCCCUUAUCCCAGAUGUAAGUUUUGUGAAAGAAACCCAACUGCAGACUGCAGCCAUUUCCUUGUGGACUGUGGUAGCUGCUGUUCAAGCUGUGGAGAGGAAAGUGGAGUCUCAUGCUAUGCGGUUGCUCAAUCUGGAGCGGAGAUCAGGGACAGCUGAGAAGAAAUUUGUGGACUGUGAGAAAACAGUGGUAGAGUUUGGUAAUCAGUUAGAAAGUAAGUGGGCUGUGCUGGGAACGCUGAUCCAAGAGUAUGGGCUGCUGCAGAGAAGGCUGGAGAACAUGGAGAACCUGCUGAAGAACAAGAACUUCUGGGUCCUAAGAAUUCCCCCUGCUAGUAAAGAAGAAGACUCAAAGGUCCCAAUGACGUUUGAUGAUGUCUCAAUCCAAAUUGCCCGGGAGAAGUGGGAGAAUUUAGAAGAAUGGCAGAAAGAACUUUACAAGAAUGUCAUGAAGGGCAACUAUGAGUCUUUGAUCUCACUAGACCAUGCAAUUUCCAAGCCUGAUAUUUUAUCGCGGAUUGAACAAGGGGAAGAACUGUGUGUUGGGGACCCGCAGGACUUGGAAGUGAGAGCGAUCCAUAUAGAGUCCAGCACAGAUGUUCAUGACUUUCCACCUGUCCCAGUUACUUCUGGUACUGCCGGUCCUAGCACAGAAUCUCCCAUUUCUACCACGGAUAUCAUCUCAUGGAUUAAACAAGAAGAGGAGCAGAGCAUAAGGGCUCAAGAGACUGCUAAAGAACAAGAAAUGCAUAAAAGUACCUGCACCACAAAUGAUAGGAUCUUGGUCAAACAUGAGGCGUGUCCUGAGGUGAGAGGUCCCGUGAACCAGGAACUGCCUGUGGCCUUAUCAGGAAGAUCAGAAGCAUGCAUUUUCCAGGGAACUAGCUGUGAAAAUCAGCCCAACUCACACAUGCAGCUCAUCCCAAACACAGCCCCUACAGCAAUCAGCCUAGGGGAAUCCACUCAAGGAGAAACAGAAUUUGGCCAGUUUCCAAACGUUGCUGCCCAACAGGGAAGCCAAAUGGGGGAGAGACCAUAUUUGUGCAGUGAGUGUGGGAGGUGCUUCAGCCGGAAAGACAUCUUCAUGUCGCAUCAGAGAACCCACACAGGUGAGAAACCCUACUCGUGUUCUGAGUGCGGGAAAAAGUUUGCCCAGCAAUCCAAUCUGAACAACCAUUUCCGGCUCCACACAGGUGAGAGGCUUUAUGUGUGUUCGCAAUGUGGGAAAAGCUUCAUCCACCAGUCCAGGCUUACUUACCACUACAGAGUCCACACAGGAGAGCGGCCUUACAUGUGCACAGAGUGUGGGAAGGGCUUCACCGAGCAAUCCAAACUAACAAACCACUAUCGAAUCCACACAGGUGAGAGGCCGCACACCUGUGCUGAGUGUGGGAAGAGCUUCAGUCUGAAGAUAAGCCUUAUAAUUCACCAGAGAAACCACUCCAAGGAAAGGCCUUAUGAAUGCACUGAAUGCAGCUUAAACUUCAAUUGUCACUCGGGACUUAUCAGGCACCAGAUGAUUCACACAGGGGAGCGCCCUUAUAAAUGCACGGACUGUGGGAAAGGUUUCAUGCGGAAGGAGCAUCUUCUGAACCACCAGCGCUUGCAUACGGGGGAGAGGCCGUAUCAAUGUACAGUGUGUGGGAAGAGCUUCAUUCGGAAGCAUCAUCUUUUGAAGCACCAGCGGAUUCACACGGGAGAGCGGCCCUAUCAGUGUGCUGAGUGUGGCAAGAGCUUUAGGUAUAAACAGUCGCUCAAAGAUCACUUGAGAAUUCAUAGCGCAGAGCAGGGGCAGCCGGAAAUUUCCCAAGGCCUUUUGCAGGAAAUAGAGACGGGGCUCCUUGAUGUUAAAAUAGAAAAUACAUGGUAGCAUGAUUGUAAAUAGCAAGCUGCCUGAUAAAAAUACAUCAGCUCCAGCAGAUUGGAAGAGGAUAUUAUCCCAUUAUAAAGUACAAAGGUAAGUAAAAGCAGCCGUUCAAACGUCCUUGUCGUUGAGGAACACACUCAUGAACUUUUAAAUCCACGAGCCCUUGAGAAGAAAGGAUGCUCAGUGUACUCAUGUGAACUCCAAAAGGGAAGGUAGAGCAUGAACCUUGGCCCUACAUUUGUCAGUCUCCUUGAGAUGAUUUUUACCUUAGUGUUGGUCUAACUCCUGUGUGAAGAUCUUCCUGGUUAAAGCUUAGCUUGCUGCAUAUGUCAGUGUUAUACAGAGACACAUAUGGUAUAAAAGCUUCUUGAAUGUUUCAUUUGAGCAGUCAGUGCUUUUCUUUAGUUCUUGGGACUUUCUUUUAGAGAAAACCAACAGGAGCAAGAGGUUAGACAUGACCCAGGUAAGAGUUUGGGUUUUUUAAUAAAAACUAUUCCCUUUAGGAUCUUGCAGCCUCAUCAACAUGAACCAUGUCUUGGAAAACUUGUGUGCAAAGUGGUCAAGUCUGAGAAUUCAGUGGUUUACGAUGCAGCAGAGUUGUUAAUAACUAUAGCUUUUAUAAGAUAGCCUAGUGUUGUUUGCAUGCAUGAUAUUACCAGUAUUAAGCGUAAGACCACUAUUUAUAAACCAGGCAUUUAUUAUUGUGUGAUUUUGUUAAGUGUUGAGGUUUUUCACUCUCUUGCUCAAAAAAGACAAGUUUUUUUUCAGUUUUCUCAGUUUUUAAAAGUUGAAUGACUGGAAAUAAAAGUGAGAUUUCUGUACAUAUGGAAACGGGAACAUUGUAUAAAAAGUAUCAACUUUUGUUUUAUAUUUUCCCCCUCAGACAUGCAACUGAAAUAAUGUAGUAUUGUGGUCAUUCCAGUAACACAUCUCUAUGCUGGAAUAUUUAGUGGUCCUACUGCCUGGAGAGGGCACGGUUUGUACAUAGAUUCCACAAAGAACUUUUUUUGGGGGCUGGGGGGACGACGACGACUGGUAAAAAAUGUAAUUCUUCUGAGGCACUUGGUUCUUCAUUGUUUAAGCAUUGAUAUAUAUAUAUAGGUGAUAAUGUGGGUGUCUGCUUCUGUUUUUAGUACAUGACUUACUCCCAUUUGCAAAGUAUAAACUGAUUUUUCUCUAUUGCUAGCCUAGCACCAAAUUAAGAUAAUUUAACUUCUUGAGACUGAGCAGCCUGCUACACCUGUAAAAGUGCCCUGCUGAGGACGCUAAGGCUGGACACCUGCAGGAAGUUGCAGGAUUGGGACCUAAAUAUGACUAUAUAUGCACCAGCACUCUGAUUCAGAUUACCCUGAAGCCAAUGAGUUUUUUCCAUUCACUUUGGUAGGCUUUAUAUCAGGCCGCUAGUGUGCUAAAAUAUAGAAAACUCAACACAAGGACCAAAAAAGACCCAGCAAUUGAAGACAUUUAGAAUAAAAUAGUUGAGGCUUGUUUGGGGGCUUUUGUUCUGUUUUUGCUUUGCUGCUGCUUUACGCUUCAUACUUAUCCUGCAGCCAAAGUCCUGAAAACCCCUCUGAAAAUAAGUCUACUAAAUAUUUCACCAUGCUUAGGAUGCUUCAAUCUCUGAAUACAACCAACAUUUGGGAGUGGGGGAGAAACUGACAACUUUUUUUUUCAUUUACAUUAAUUGCAACUGGCUGAUAAGUGUUAGCAUCAGAGAAGAGUAUGCCCUUAUGACAAAGUGACUGCAAUACGUUCAGGUGAAAAACAUCUUUAUAGAGUUUACAGUAUAUGCUGGAUGCACGUCUUAGUUUCAAGAGGACAUGGGGCUGAGGCUUAAGAGUUUUGUACACUUGCAAUGUCCAGUCGUCUCAGGAUUUGGACUAUUAUUGAUAGUUUGAGUGCAAAGGAAUUACUUUUGAUUCACUCUGCCAUUUCAGGCACUAUAUUUCCUCAGCAGUAACUAUGCAACAGUCUUUCUAAAUCUCAGCUCACAUGAACAUGUCCGUCCAUUACCAAUUAUUGCUAUUCUCAGUCGGUCUGCUCUAGAAAGUAGAUGAGGAUGCACAGAAUACCAUUCAGCAGCCUGUGGUGUAAUCACCUCAGUGUCUUUGAUAUAUAAUCAAUGUCAUUGUGUUAAUUUAAAUAACUGAGAACACAUCAAUACAACCUUUUAUGUAGUCUCUGCUUUUGUAUAACCUGCCAGCACUUGAAGACUUUUAACAACUUUGGCAUGAAAGCUUUUGUGUGUUAACUUUUAUGGACCAAUAAAUGCUACUGCUUGAUUUA